AGUUAGGUUUUUGAUUAAGCGCUGGUAUAUAAACUUAAUUAUUGCAGUUUUGGUGACCACAGUGGGGAGAUAUUGAGCAACUGUGACGACUGCUGCAAAUUCUGGAACUAUGAAGCUGGUGAUACUGACGGCGAUUCUCGCCGCCGUUUCAUCGAGCCCGGUCGCCGAGCCCAACCAAUGGCCAUGGCAGGUCGGUCAAGAAUACGAGUACAAUGUACUCUCUUACACCGGAACUGAAUUCGAAUCAGAAACUGGCAACGGCAACGUCUUGAUUACAAAUUUCAUUGUUCGCGUUUUAGAACCAGGUCGUUUAGUAGCUAAGCUAGCAAAUCCUGUAUACGGGCAAGCUCAGAAUCAGCAAUACAAGAAAAAGAUUUUCCAUGGUCUGGACUUAAAUCCAAUCAAGGAUAUUGAUCAUCCUUUUGAAAUUCUUGUAGAAGGUGGUCGAGUCGUCUCCUUGAAAAUUCCAACAUCAUUCACUGAUACUUAUGAGAACUUGCUGAAAGGACUUGUCAGUGCUUUGCAAGUAGACUUAUCUCCUACUAACCAUGUCCACAAUUUCCCAAAUAACUUUGAUAAAGAAACCUUCCAAGGUUUGUUUAAGAAGAUGGAAACUGACGUCACUGGUGACUGUGAGACUCUUUACUCUGUUUCGCCUAUUUCUGCCGGAGGUCUUGAUGACGUGCUAGUGGAUAAAGUUGAAAACCCUGUCGAGAUAAUCAAAAGUAAGAACUACGGAUCAUGUGAAAAUCGUGUCGGUUUUUACUUUGGUGUUCCCGAAGGAGCGGUAUGGAAUGGAAUCGCUUAUAAAGAAGAUGAAAAACAAUUUAUAAAACACACUACUGAAACUCGUCUCGUUGUUGGCGAGAAGGGCACAAUCUACAAAUCGGAAGCUAUAAGCUCUGUUUUCGUUAACCCUCUUGUCUAUGGCAAACAGAAAGCUGAGAUCUACAGUUACGUCGGAUUGUCCCUUUCUUCUCUCCAGCCCAAAACAAGUGAGGAAUGGCCAAAAACCGUUGAAUAUCGCGAUGUUGAUUCGCUUUUGUUUACAUAUAAUUUGACAAGAUUGAUAAGUCGAGGUGAUAGUAACAUUGCCGAUGCUCAGAAAUUGCUUCAGGAAAUGACUCCUCUAUUGCAAGAUAUAAACAACUUACCAAAGGCCGAUUUUCUUUCCAAAUUCAAACUGCUCAUAGAAUCUCUUAUGUAUAUGAGCUCAGAACAACUGGCACAAAUGACAGCCAGCAUUGAAAUUGCAAAAUCUUCGGAAAACACUGCAAAGAGUAACAUGUGGGUAGUAUACCGCGAUGCUGUCGCCCAAACCGGUACAAUCGCUGCAUUCAAAGAAAUCAAGUCCUGGAUCUUGACCAAGAAAAUCGAAGGUAUUGAAGCCGCAGAAGUUAUUAGCUCUAUGGCUAGCGUUCUUCGUUUCCCGACUAAGGAACUCAUGAACGAAUUUUUCGAAUUUGCUAUGAGUCCCGAAGUUCAGGAGCAGACCUUCGUCAAUACCACCACCCUUCUGGCUGUCACGAAAUUCAUUGCAUCUGGAGACGAAGACUUGUUUGUAAAUGAGAAAGUAAUCCCACGACUAUCACAAGAACUGAAACAAGCUGUUGAAAAUGGCGACAAGAACAAAGCUCAGGUAUAUGUACGAGUUCUCGGUAACUUGGCUCACCCGAAUAUUCUGAAAGUCUUUGCUCCUUAUUUAGAGGGUAAGAUUGCAGUCACUAAGUACCUCCGCAUCCAAAUGGUUAUCAGCCUGAAAACCCUGGCUAACAAGAAGAAUGAAUACGUUCGUGCUGUGCUGUUCAGCCUGUUGAAGAACACUGCUGAGCCUUACGAAGUGAGGGUCGCUGCUGCUUUGAAUAUUUUCCUAGCUGAUCCACCUCAGGAAAUGAUGCAAAUCAUGGGACACAUGACGUUCGCAGACCCUAGCACACAGGUUCGCGCUGUGCUGGCAAACAGUAUUACUUUUGCUGCCGGACUGAAAGAUCCACGUUUCGCCACUCUUGCCAAAACUGCAAAGUCUGUCUUGAGCAUGCUUCCUGAAGAGAAGUUCGGCUACCGCUACUCAACUGACAGUUUGAUUGACGACUACACCAGUGAUGACGAGCUUUCCCACUUCAGAGAGGUUUCCUACAUCGGCAGUAAGAACAACCUUCUACCAGUCUAUGAACGAGGGGCUCUGAGGUUCGGAAGCACUGGAUGGACUGAAGAAGAUUGGUUUACGCUAUCUGUAUCGGACAUGCAACACCUAAUGGAGUAUAUCUAUAGUUUGUUUAUUCAUCAAGGAGAAAAACCCAAGGACGAGUUUGAAAUAAAGAUUAAGACAAUUCUCGAAAAACUGAACAUAAAGCCUGAACAUCAAUGUGAUCUCGAAGGCUCUUUCUUCUUAAAUAACUGGAACCAGCAAAUGCUUCUAACUUUCACCGAAGCUGAAAUUAACUCUUUGAUUUUAAGCUUGAUAAAAGAGUCAAAUCAUUUGAAACAGUCAAUUAAAUCCAAUUACAUUAAGAUUGUGCUACAAAAGGAUAUCUUCAUCACGUUCCCACUCGCUAUGGGUAUGCCGUUUGUAUUUGAAUACAUUGAACCAACGUUACUUCAUGUCCAAAAUCAAGCCAUCGCAACUCCCGGAGAGGACAUGAGUGGAAAUAUUAUAGAUAAACUACAAUUCACAUAUGCCAGAAACUUGGAUGGAAUUGCUGGUUACUUAGACACAUUUAACGACGUAUAUGUGGCUGCCGGUGUCGUUAACAAACUGCAAUUGCACAUUCCUUUUAGGACACGUUGGGACUACGAGUUCAAUGAGUUUAAAUUCAUCCUUGAAUGGCCGGACAGAAAUGCUAACCUUAUCCACAUGAGUGUGUGGCCAUACACUACACUUCAAAAGACAGAUUCUCUCCAGACCGCGGCUGAGAACCCGCAGUCAAAACUAAUCGAGCGACCAAAAAAGGUUAUUUCCACUGAUAUCAAGUUUGGUCAGUCAAUUGGUACCAUAUUCCAAUUCCAAGCAAACUCUUACUCCUCUGACUACAAGGAUCCAACCAGUCUCUUCGAUAAUGAUCUUCUGACGAAUGUUCGUAAUCUGCUGUAUCAGAAGGACAUUGCUUUGACGCAGUUUAACUUGAAGUAUCUCGCCAGAGAAUCAAAGAACAAAGCUUUUACUUUUACUGUAUUCACUAACACAAUCUACAAUCAGUUACAAACAAAGGAUGAAUUUGAGCCAGCAGCAGUCAUAAAAGAUAUUACACCAGAAGCUCGCCGCAAGGAAAUCGUUAACCGAGUGGCCUCGGAAAUAGAACAUGGCAAAGUCCAACUCGUUGACAUUAUUAUUGAAUUUGCUGGUAGAGAUACUGUGGAGUUCAUAUUAACUGGUGCAUUAGCGAACAGCUAUGUAGAUAACAAGGUUCAAGCUGCUUUGAUGUACAAUGGCUUCCAACAACAAAUCAACGCUGUCUUCAAUAUGACCAAACCUGAAUUUACACCACUAAAUUUCGAACUUGCCUUUAAAAAUAACCUUACGAUAGAAUACGACCUUGACAUCCUGAUCGGAAACGAAGACAACAUUCACCUAAAAGGAGUCGGUAAACGCAGCGAUAUGUACAAGGAAUUGCUAUUAAACGAUCCCUUGGGAAAACAAUGCCUUAAAGACAUUGGCGAAAAUAACCUGUACCAGAAAGCUUGUUACAAAAUGCUUCUUAAGGCACACGCUCCCGACAACUUCAAAGGUACAUUGACUUACAAAGACUUGAAGCAGACUGAUGAGGCCUUCAUCUUGAAUCUUCUUGAGCUGUUGGAAAACUGGAACGAUUGGGAAAAAGAAGAGGAUGUCCUCAAAACGGUCGAUGACGGAAAACUGGAGAUCGAGGCACAAGCCUUUUACUACGAUAACUACAUCAACUACAAGCUAACGUCGAAAUUCGGAGAGGUCCGUUUGAACAAUGUAGAGGGAUUGUCUUACUACCCGUACGCCAUGUCUUUCUAUGCACCCCUUUCCAGCUGGGAGCGUGCCCGCAACUGGUUCACAGGCUACCAAAACUUGCCAUUCUGUACCGUGGAUGACAACAAGGUCUGGACAUUCAGUGGCCGCAGCUACGAAUACAACAUGACUGGAUCUUGGCACGUCAUGAUGGUGGACGAGGCUAAGGAUUUCGGCAAUGAAUUGCUCAUUCUUGCCCAGAGACCCGAAAAAGGACAAGCAGAAGUUUACAUCACUUACAAAACCAGAACGGGUAAAACACUAGAAAUCAUUUUGACUCCGAAAACAUACCAAGUAAUCAGCAAUGCCAAAGAAAUUUGUGAAGACGGUGUUUCUAUCUACUACGACGACGUUGCGAAGAUUCCUCUAGUAGAGUACUACAGCAUUCGUGGUGGUUUCGAUGAAAUCCAAGUAUUUAGCAUCAACAACGGAGCUAUUCGUCUUAUCUUUGACAAUCAUAGGCUAGUUUUAUUCACUGAUGAUCACCGCAGCACCACCAGAGGUCUUUGUGGUCAGAGUUCUACUGAGAUUCGUGAUGACUACAUGACUCCAUUCGGUCUGGUUGACUCUCCUCAGCUUUACGGAGCAUCCUUUGCUCUGGACGGUGACCACGCAGACCCUAAGACUGAGGAGUUGAAGAAGGAAGCUAAGCUGAAGGCGUACCAGCCUGUCACCAAGUACACCAGCAUUCUCCGCUCUGACGCCGAGUGGAGCAAGGUUGCUAAUGAGUCCUUCUCCGUCGUCACAUCGAGCCCGCUAGCCGAGACCAAUCAAUGGCCCUGGCAAGUCGGCCAAGAAUACGUCUAUGAUGUGGACUCCUACACCUGGACGAAAUACGAGCAAAGUAUCAAUAAUGGCAAUGCUUUCUCAGCAAAGUUCAUCAUACGCGUUUUGGAACCAGGCCGAUUAGUGGCCAAACUUGUAAACCCACUGUAUGGACAAUUUCAAGAUCAUGUAUCUAGAGAUGCUCCCAUAAAAAAUCUUAAUCUGAGCCCACUCCAGGACAUCGACCAUCCUUUUGAAAUUUUCGUUAAUGGAGGACGUAUCGUCUCCUUGAAGGUACCAACAUCACUAAGUGUUACUAACGAAAACUUACUUAAAGGACUCGUUAGUGGUCUACAAGUAGACUUGUCUACAUUUAAUCAUGUCGAUAGUUUCCCGAACCAUUUUGACAAGGAAACUUUUCAAGGCUUGUUUAAGAAAAUGGAAACUGAUAUCACUGGCAACUGCGAGACUCUUUACUCUGUUUCACCCAGUAUUGCAGCGGAAGAAAAUAUACUUUUACCGGUAGAUAAACGUAUCGAGAUCAUCAAAAGCAAAAAUUACGGUUCUUGCAAGAAGCGCGUCGGCUUUACCUAUGGUGUCCCAGAGGGUGCUGUAUGGAAUGGAAUCGCUUACGAGAAUAACGAGAAACAGUUUGUUAAGCACACUACUGAAUCUCGCCUGGUCGUUAGUAAACAAGGCACAAUAUACAAAUCAGAAACCAUUAGUACUGUUUUCGUAAAUCCUCUUAUCUUUGGCAAACAGAAAGCCGAGGUUCACAGUUACGUCACCUUCUAUCUAGAGUCAGUGAAGCCAGAAAAUAACGAUGACGUAUGGAAAAAAUCUGUUGAAUACCGCGAUGUUGAUUCGCUUUUGUUUACAUACGACCACGCAAAGUUCACAAAGGGAACCAAAAAUGUUGCUGAUGCUCAGAAGCUCCUACAAGAAAUGACGCCUCUGUUGCAAGAUCCUAACAAUCUUCCAAAAGCUGAAUUUCUUUCAAAAUUCAACAUCCUUGUCCGAUCGGUUAUGUUUAUGACUUCGGAACAACUGACUCAAAUGACAGCCAGUAUUGAAGUUGCUAGAUCUUCGGAAAACACUGCAAAGAAAAAUAUGUGGGUAGUAUACCAGGACGCUGUCGCCCAAGCAGGUUCAAUUGCUGCUUUCAAAGAAAUCAAGUCCUGGAUCUUGACCAAGAAAAUCGAAGGUAUCGAAGCCGCAGCAGUUAUUAGUUCUAUGGCCAACAUUCUGCAUUUCCCGACUAAGGAAGUUAUGAACGAAUUCUUCGAACUCGCUGUAAGUCCUGAAGUCCAACAGCAGAGCUUCCUCAAUACCACCACCCUCCUGGCUGUCACGAAAUUCAUUGCAUCUGGAGACGAAGACUUAUUCGUGAAUGAGAAAGUAAUCCCACGACUAUCACAAGAACUGAAACAAGCUGUUGAAAAUGGCGACAAGAACAAAGCUCAGGUGUACGUAAGAGUUCUAGGUAACUUGGCUCACCCGAAUAUCCUGAAAGUCUUCGCCCCUUAUCUUGAGGGCAAGAUUGCAGUCACUAAGUACCUCCGCAUCCAAAUGGUUAUCAGCCUUAAAACUCUGGCUAACAAGAAGAAUGAAUACGUUCGUGCUGUGCUGUUCAGCCUCUUGAAGAACACUGCUGAGCCUUACGAAGUGAGGGUCGCUGCUGCCUUGAAUAUUUUCCUAGCUGACCCACCUCAGGAAAUGAUGCAAAUCAUGGGACACAUGACGUUCGCAGACCCUAGCACGCAGGUUCGCGCAGUGCUGGCAAACAGUAUUACUUUUGCUGCUGGACUGAAAGACCCCCGUUUUGCAACUCUCGCUAAGACUGCUAAGUCUGUCUUGAGCAUGCUUCCUGAAGAAAAGUUUGGCUACCGCUACUCAACUGACAGUUUGAUUGACGACUACACAAGUGAUGAUGAGCUUUCCCACUUUAGAGAGGUUUCCUUCAUCGGCAGUAAGAACAAUCUUAUACCAGUGUAUGAACGAGGGGCUCUGAGGUUCGGUAGCACUGGUUGGACUGAAGAAGACUGGUUCACCUUAUCUAUAUCAGACGUCCAGCACCUAUUGGAGUACAUAUCUGGGUUAUACAAACACGCAGGACAAAAAUCCGAUGAAGAAUUCAAAAUAAGUGUCAAAAAAGUUAUCGAAACGCUAAAACUUAAACCUGAACAUCGCUGUGAUCUCGAGGGUUCCUUCUUCCUAAACAACUGGGACCAGCAAAUGCUUCUCACCUUCACUGAAGAUGAUCUCAACUCUUUGCUAAUGGAAUUCAUUAAAGAGUCGGACAACUUGCUGAAGGCAGUUGAAUCUAAUUACAUUAAGAUUUUGACCCAAAAGCAAGUUUUCAUAACUUUCCCUCUUCCUAUGGGCGUGCCAUUUAUAUUUGACUACAGUGAACCAACAGCAAUCCUUCUUCAAAGUAAAGCUAAAGUCACAGUUGGUGAAGAUAUAUCUGCAUCAUUAAGUAAUGAACUCCAAUUCACAUACGCCAGAAACUUGGAUGGCAGCGUUGGUUUUGAAGAUACACUAAACGAAGUAUAUGUAGCUACUGGUAUUGUCAACAAGCUGCAAUUUUAUGUUCCUGUCAAGCUGAAUUUGGCUGCAUCAUUAAAGGAGUUCAAAUUGAACCUAGAAUGGCCGGAACAAAAUGCUAACCUUAUCCACAUGAGCGUGUGGCCCUACAGUACAGUACAAAAGAUAGAUUCAAUACAGACCGCAGCUGAAAACCCGUUGUCAAAACUUAUUGAGCGGCCAAAAAAAGUUAUUUCUAGUGAUGUCAAGUUUGGUCAUCCAACUGGUACUAUAUUCCAGUUCCAAGCGAACUCUUACUCCUCUGACUACAAGGACCCAACCAGUCUCUUCGAAGAUGAUCUUCUGACGAAUGUUCGUAAUCUGUUAUAUCAGAAGGACGUUGCAUUGACGCAGCUUAACUUGAGGUAUCUUGCAUCAGAAUCGCAAAACAAAGCUGUCUCGUUGACAAUUUUCAAAGAUAUUAUUUACAACCAGGAACAGACGAAUAGUGAAUUUGAACCAGCAGCGGUCGUAAACGAUCUUACGCCGCAAGCUCGCCGUCAGGAAAUCAUUAACAGAGUAGCCUCAGAAAUAGAAUAUGGCAAAGUUGAACUUGUUGACAUUAGCCUUGUGUUUGAUGGUAAACAAAAAAGGGAGUUCAUACUAACUGGUGCAUUAGAGACCAGCUAUUUAGAUUACCAAGUACACGGUGCAUUGUUAUACAAUGGCUACCAACAAAUCAAUGCAGUCUUUAAUAUGACUAAACCAUUAUUGAUACCAUUAAACUUUGAAAUUGCUCUUGAAAGUGGCCCUAAACUAGAAUUCGACGCUGAUUUAAAGGUCGGAAAUGAUAACAACAUCCAUCUCAAAGUAAGUGGUGAACGCAGUAAAAUGUACAAGGAAUUACUAAUAAAUGAUCCGUUAGGACAACAAUGCCUACAAGACAUCAAAGAAAAUAACUUGUACCAGAAAGCUUGCUACAAAAUGCUCGUCAAGGCUCACGCUCCAGAUUACUUCAAAGGUAUUUUGACUUACAAGGAUUUAGAGUAUACUGACGUGGCAUUUGCCUACAGCCUUUACGAAGUGUUGUCAAGUACGUUCGAUUGGGAAAAAGAGGAGGAUGUUUCUAAAACAGUUGAAGACGGUAAAAUGGAGAUUGAAGCGCAAGCGUAUUACUACGACAACUACAUUGACUAUAAGCUCACAUCGAAAGUAGGCGAGCUCCGUUUGAAGAAUGUCGAGGGAAUGUCUUAUUACCCAUAUGCUAUGUCCUUCUAUACUAUAUUGACUGGUUGGGAGCAUGCUCGCAACUGGUUCACUGGCUACCAAAAUCUGCCUUUUUGUGCCGUGGACAACACCAAAGUUUCGACAUUCAGCGGCCGCAGUUACGACUACAGCAUUACUGGAGCUUGGCAUCUCGUGAUGGUAGACGAAGCUAAAGACUUCGGCAAUGAGCUGCUCAUUCUAGCCAGAAGACCAGAAGAAAACCAGACCGAAGUUUACAUUACUUACAAGACCAGAACGGGUAAGAAUUUGGAGCUUAUCCUGAAACCCCUGCAAUUGGAAGUGACCUGCAAUGCCAAGGAAGUUUGCGAAGAUGGUAAAACAGUUUACUAUGACGAAGAGGCAAUGAUUCCUCUUGUGGAGUAUUACAGCCUCCGCGGUGGCGUGAACAGCAUCGAAAUAGUGAGCCUCAAUAACGGAGGUGUUCGUCUUAUUUAUGACAACCACAGACUUGUUAUAUUCAGCGAUGAUCAUCGUGGAGUCACCAGAGGUAUCUGCGGCCAGAGUUCUACUGAGAUUCGUGACGACUACAUGACUCCUUAUGGUCUGGUCGACUCCCCUCAGCUUUACGGGGCGUCCUUUGCUUUGGACGGUGAGCACGCAGACCCUAAGACUGAGGAGUUGAAGAAGGAAGCUAAGCUGAAGGCGUACCAGCCUGUCGCCAAGUACACCAACAUCCUCCGCUCUGACGCCGAGUGGAGCAACGCCGUGCAUUACUAGUUCCUACGAGUGUUUAUAUUUAUUUACUUAAUUUUAUAGUAUAUUGUUUAUAUUUGUGAUAAAGACUUUCUUAUUAACUUAUAUUUCCCAAAUAUUGAUUAUACUGACUAUAUAAAUAUGAAACAAACCAAUUACUGGAUUUUAGGAAACUGCAAAAUAAAAAUAAAACAUUCAAGAUAAUGAAAUACGUGGUAUCGAGAAUGAUAAUAAAAUUCAAAUGUAAUAA